GCGGCUUCUGUUGUGACUCGGGCAGCCUAUCCCGAGGGUGGGGAGCUGCCGAGGAGCCUGAGCCGAGCGGUACUCCGCAGCAUCACGUGCCGGGGUGGGGGGCUAUAAAAUACCCGAGCCGGGGCGCCGGGCGGGGGACGUGAGGACCAACCCUCUCCGGGGACCCCUUUGUUCCCAGCCCAGACGCCAACACCUCUGCGUCCCCAAGGGCUUCACUGCCCGUGUGUGCCCGGCUUCCAGGGCAGAGCUUAGAACACUAGAGGAGAGGGGUCGCCGCGACCCGCCGGGGCUUCCAGCCACCAACCCCUCUCGACAUGUCGCGCUCCUUCUAUGUCGACUCGCUCAUCAUCAAGGACUCCUCACGGCCUGCGCCCUCGCUGCCUGAACCGCACCCCGGGCCGGAUUUCUUCAUCCCGCUUGGCAUGCCGUCCCCGUUGGUGAUGUCCGUGUCCGGCCCCGGCUGCCCGUCCCGCAAGAGCGGCGCGUUCUGCGUGUGCCCUCUCUGCGUCACUUCGCACCUGCACUCUUCUCGGGGGUCUGUGGGCGCCGGCAGCGGGAGCGCAGGGGCCGGGGUUACCGCGGCCGGAGGCAGUGGGGUGGCGGGGGCCACAGGGGCACUGCCUCUGCUUAAGAGCCAGUUCUCUUCGGCUCCUGGGGACGCGCAGUUUUGCCCGCGGGUGAACCAUGCGCACCAUCACCACCACCCGCCGCAGCACCACCAUCACCACCAUCAGCCCCAGCAGCCUGGCUCGGCCGCGGCGGCGGCAGCAGCAGCAGCGGCGGCAGCCGCCGCGGCGGCCUUGGGGCACCCGCAACAUCAUGCACCUGUCUGCGCCGCCACCACCUACAACGUGGCGGACCCGCGGAGAUUCCACUGCCUCACCAUGGGAGGCUCUGACGCCAGCCAGGUACCCAACGGCAAGAGGAUGAGGACGGCGUUCACUAGCACGCAGCUCCUGGAGCUGGAGAGAGAAUUCUCUUCCAACAUGUACCUGUCUCGACUCCGGAGGAUCGAAAUCGCCACUUACCUGAACCUGUCGGAGAAGCAGGUGAAAAUCUGGUUUCAGAACCGCCGAGUGAAGCACAAGAAGGAGGGGAAGGGCACGCAGAGGAACAGUCACGCAGGCUGCAAGUGCAUCGGGAGCCAGGUGCACUACGCGCGCUCCGAGGAUGAGGACUCCCUGUCGCCGGCCUCUGCCAACGAUGACAAGGAGAUUUCCCCCUUAUGAGGAAGAGCCUCCUCCCUCACAUCCCCCGCUCCUGGCAGACCAGGCAACGCCAACCUUGGGGCACCCAGGGGCCCAAAUCCUUGCUCAUUGCAGUGGUCCCAUCUGGAGAAGAAACCAACCUAGAUGUUCUGGAAUGGACAAGCUGGGCCUGAACCUUCGUGUCUCCUUCUUGAC